AUGCGGGCCUCAAUACUCGUCGUACUUUCUUCCUUCAGCCUUGUGGCCUUUGGUUGCACCAAAGUUACCAAAGUCACGCACACAUACUACGGGUACCCCGAUAACGACCCUCCCGGUCCGGCUACCGCCUACGAUUGCGGCCGCGGCUACAAGGCUGGUGGUACUGGCACAUAUGCCGACCCCUUGACCUUUGCCUCGGCUCCCGGCGAAUUUACGCAGUGUGAGAUCAUUUACGAUCCCUACACACGUAAAUAUCUGCGCUUUGAGGAUUUUUGUGCUCAGUGCGAUAGUGACUGGAAAGCUAGUCCUAAGAUCAACCACAUCGACUUGUGGACCGGCAGCACCACUGUGAACGGAGGCAACGAGCAGAUUCAAUGCGAAAACGACCUCACCCCGGCAGAUAGAAGCCAGACUAUCGUGAGACAGCCACGAAAGGAUCUUCCAGUAGACUCGACCAAGCUCUAUGUCAAAGGUGGCAGCCCAGCCUGCAGAACCAGCCAUGUGUACCCCAGUUACAACAUUGGCGAUUACUGCUAA